CAAACAUUGGUGUAGCUAAAAGCAUGCUCGGUGAGAUCACGGACAGAACAAAUCAGACCAAGGCGUUUUCACUCUUUGGGUUCUGUUGGGGGAUCGGAUGUAUAGGUCCUGCGAUUGGUGGAUAUCUAUCCAAUCCUGUUGAUAACUAUCCUCAAGUUUUUGGAAAUUGUAUCUUUUUAAAGACAUAUCCCUACUUUCUUCCGUGCGCCAUCGCGGCUUUAAUCAGUCUUAUUGGAUUUGUUAUAGGAUACUUCAAGUUACCCGAAACCCGUAAUCGAACCGAUCGCAAUCAAGACCUUGAACGCAAAACCCUUUCGU